GCGAGAGCGGGAGGGAGAGUCUCUGUUUGGGAUCCGCUCUAGGGUUUGAUUGAGAGAGAGGGAGAGAUAAAGAGUUGGGUCUUCGACUGAAUCGAAUAGAGAGAGCGAGAGAGAAACAGAGUUGGGUUUUUGAUUGAAUCGAAUAGCAUCAUGUCAAGGCGUGAAUCGGAACGCGAGAGAGAGCGCGACAGAGAGGAGAGAAGAGUGAGGGACAGAGACAGGGACAGGGAUAGAGACAGGGAUCGGGAGAGGGAGAAAGAUAGGGAUCGUCAUCAUAGGGACGGCCACGAGAGUAGAAGCUCAAGAGAGGACAGGGGGCGCGAUGGGGAGGACGGUUAUGAUCGCCACCGUAGUAGCCGCGAUUAUGACAGGCACCGUGACCACGACCGUGAUGCAGAAAGGCGGCACAAACAUAGAUCACGUUCUCGCUCAAGGGAAAAGUCUAAACACAGAUCUAGAUCAAAAUCCAGAUCUAGGUCGCGCUCUCGGUCACGUUCGAAAAGCAAACGGGCAAGUGGUUUUGAUGUAUCACCUCCCGGGGCUGCUGUAUUGCCUGCUGCAGCAAUACUAGGCCAAAUGCCAGGUGUUCCUCAGCCAAUGGCUGGCAUGUUUCCAAAUUUGUUUCCUUUCGGGACCACACAGUUUGGAGGUCUUCCACUUGUACCAGCACAACCUAUGACUCAGCAGGCUACAAGACAUGCACGCAAGGUAUAUGUUGGAGGCCUACCAGCUAUGGCAAAUGAGCAGACAAUUGCAACAUUUUUUAGCCAUGUAAUGGCUCUUAUUGGGGGAAAUACUGCAGGCCCAGGUGAUGCUGUGGUCAAUGUGUACAUAAAUCAUGAAAAGAAGUUUGCAUUUGUUGAGAUGAGAACUGUGGAGGAAGCAAGUAAUGCGAUGGCAUUGGAUGGCAUAAUGUUCGAAGGCGUUUCAUUAAGAGUACGGAGGCCAACAGAUUACAAGCCCUCAAUUGAUGGAGCACUUGGCCCCAGCCAACCAAGUCCUCAUCUCAAUUUAGCUGCUGUUGGCCUUACUCCAGGUGCAAUUGGUGGUGCAGAAGGGCCUGAUCGAAUAUUUGUUGGCGGAUUGCCGUACUACUUAACAGAAGCCCAAAUAAGGGAGCUGCUAGAGUCUUUUGGACCCUUGCGUGGUUUUGUCCUUGUUAAAGAUAGAGAUACAGGAAAUUCAAAAGGUUAUGCUUUCUGUGUAUAUCAGGAUCCUUCAGUUACAGAUAUAGCUUGCGCUGCUCUCAAUGGCCUAAAAAUGGGAGAAAAGACGCUUACUGUUCGACGUGCUACUGCCGGCAAUGGCCAAACGAAGCCAGACCAGGAUAUCAUUUUGCAGCAGGCUCAGCAGCAUAUAGCGUAUCAGAAGCUAGUCCUGCAAGCAAGUGGUGCAGCUUUGCCUGGAGUUGGUUCAGUUGCUGGGUUGGGAACGGAGAUGCCAUCAAAAGUUGUUUGCUUGACCCAGGUUGUAACUGCGGAUGAGCUGAGGGAUGAUAGUGAGUAUGAAGAAAUAUUGGAGGACAUGAGAGAAGAAGGUGGAAAAUUUGGGGAGUUGGUGAACGUUGUUAUUCCACGGCCUGGUCCAUCUGGUGGUACAGGUGUCGGGAAGGUAUUCUUGGAGUAUGCGGAUACCUCCAGUUCUGCAAGGGCAAAAGCUGCCCUUAACGGUAGAAGAUUUGCAAACAAUCUUGUAGUUGCCGUCUACUUCCCUGAAGACAAGUUUUCAAGUGGAGAUUAUGAUUUUGAUGUAGGCCAGCAAACUUCUGCUUAAUUAGCGGUUAAAAUAAGUGAGCUUCAUAUCUAUCACCUCUCGUAGCUUUGCAAGAGCCCAGUGCUUCUGUUUUGACAUGUGAAGCCACAUCUAAUUGAAAGCUGUUGAUACUGGUCCAUACUGCUUAUAUUCCUUUUUGUCUAAUGUAAGGUAAAGGUCUUCUUUCUUGUCAUCA